CUAAAUGUAAACUAAGAAAAUGAACUAGUGUGGCAGCGUAACUGUUAAAACAUGUACCGUGAGCAAGCUGGCUGCACCUCCAACCCGUAGCCUUAAGGCACCACUCCCCUCCUCGUGUUUCUCCCUCCUCCUUUGUUACUGUCACUCACUCUCACGCACCACAGAGGACACUUUGGAUUCACUUUACGCACCGAAUGGUUGUUUCUUUUCGUCGCAUAGUCCACUGAGUGUGUUUGGGUGGGUUGAUCACAGCUCACAGUUUGAGCAUGUCAUACUGGCUGUAGCAGCAUGUGGACGGCAGCGCUUGUUUUGUACCAGCUCCUGGCUCGUAGUCAGCCGCUCUGGGCUCAGGAUGAUGUCACAGCGGCUGUCAUCACUCCUCAGGACUGCAGCCUGGACUGUAUACGACAGGGUGGACCUGGAUGUGAAUACUGCAGAAUAACCAGAGAUGAUGUCAAGAGGGCUCUGGGUUUUAACUCCAUCCACGCAUUUGGAAGCUGUAUUCCCUGGCCAUGUUUUGAGUUGCUAGGAGAAGACGACCCUAAAAUCUGUCAACACUAUGUCCAAGCACCAAAUGAUGUGAAAGUUGAGGUGGUAAAUGAGCCAAGCCCCACAUCUGACACCGUUGUUGUCUCCUGGAAGCCAAGCCAAUACGGAAUCGCCUUCUUGCGAGGCUUUCAGGUGUCCCUCCAGGCUUUGGGAGGGUCAGCCAUUGCCUGUCAACUCUUUCUCUUUCACCGUAACCUCUCUCUCCCAGCUUCACAUGCUCAAAUGGUGUACAAGUCGGACCCAUUCCCCGGCCUCUCCCUUGGGUCCCAGUAUGCUGUUACCGUCAUGGCGCUGCCGGUGCCUGAGGAGUGGGAGAGGUUCUACCACAGCAAGAUCAUCUCCACGCGCUCAUGUGCUGAGAAGAAUGGUCUCGAGCAGUGCAAAAAAGACUGGUACCCCAAACAUAUCGAGGUCCAGCAGGAAGGGACUGCCAUCACCGUGACCUUUAACUUGGCUCCCCCAAACCUGGGCAUCAAAAACUAUUUCUCACUGUGUUAUGCAAACGGCAUGAAGAAAUACACAGACAUCACACCUAAUUCCAGCAGAAACAAAACUCACCACAGCUAUCAGCUGAAUGACCUCCAAGAAGGAACCAAUUACACCUGUGAGAUUGCAGCUAAUGAAGUGGAUGCAGUGAGGAAAACAUUCAAUGUUAAGGUGAUGCGCAUUCAAAAAGAAAGUCCCUCGCCACGCUCUGUCACUCCCUCGUUGGCUUUGAUGCUUCCUCUGUGCCUGGCAGUAGUAGCCAUAGUUGUAGUCUUAGUGGCUGCUCUCACCAGGAGGAAGACCAUGCUGCAGAUGAAGAAACCUGACAUGAAACCAGAUAUUAUCAAGCAGCAUCAAGAGAGCGGGACUCAGGAGGAAGUGAUGUCAUUGCAAAGAAACAGGCAGACCCCUCCUCGUCUUCUGAUUUGCUACAGCAGCUACGAUGGCCCUGCACAUGUCAAAGCCGUCAUGCAGUUAGGGGCCUUCAUACAACAGCACAUGGCCACGCAGGUAUGCCUGGACCUGUGGGACUCUCUGAGUGUGGCUGAGGAGGGCAGCAUGGCCUGGCACUGCCGGCAGAUUCAGGAGUGCGACUUCAUCUUAGUGAUCUGCUCUCAGGGCCUCAGCCACAGACCUAAGCCUGGCAACAAAAAUGAGGAGGCAGACAGAGCUCUUGUUUUUGGGUCCAACAACUUCAGCUCUGACGUGGCCAUUCAACUUAUCGGAGAGGAGGUGGGCCGAACCAAAGCCAGGGGACAGGACUUAUCCAAAUAUAUGGCAGCCAUUUUUGAGUACUCUGAGGAAACAGACAUCCCCACCGAGCUGAGGCUGGUAUCUCAGUACAUGCUGACAAAAGAUUUACAGCUGCUCUUCUCCCACCUCCAUGGAGUGGCUCUACACAGGCCGGGCCGUUACUUAAAGGUAAACCAUAUCUCAGAGGAGGGCUUUCUUGAGUUGCCAGCUGGAGCAGCUCUGCAGUUGGCUAUCUAUGAGGCUGGGAUGGAAAUGACAGCGAAAAGGCAUCACUCUGCAGAAGAAGGGGACUAAAUACUUAAAAAAAAAGGAAUUCAUCCGCCCUGAUUUAAUGAUGGCAACAAACUUCCAGACAAACUGGUCAGACAGGAGAAGCUGUGAGCUUGUUCUACAUCUGCAAUCCAAUGUAUCCUUAAGCAAUCGACCAACUAACCACCUCUGCCUCAGUUGUGCUGCGAUGGCAGCAAGCGUGCACUUUGACCUCUAAAAUGUGUUUACAUGCAAUAUACGUGUGUGUAGAAGAAGGAU